AUGGGGAAAACAAAACCGCACGGCAACAAAAAAUCGAAAAACAGCAACAGCAACAAAAAGCCCAAGAUGACAGCCCCGCAGCUCCUCGCGCAAGCCACCGCGCUGCUCCAAACCUCGCAGGCCGACGAGGCUCUCGUCGCCGCGCGCCGCGCGUACGCGCUGCUGCACCCGGACCCGGAGACGAGCGCGCCGACGGCGGCGGCGCUGCCGGCGCUGACGCUGCUCGGCGAGAUCAAUGUCGAGCUGGGCGAUGUCGACACGGCGCGCGACUACUUCCUGGUGGCCGCGGCGCUGGACGAGGACGGUAGCAUCCCCGAGCAGGCGGGCGGCGGCGCGGAGAAGUUCAUGUGGCUGGCGCAGCUGUGUGAGGAGGGCGGCGCGGAGAGCGUCGCGUGGUUCGACAAGGGUGCUGAGGUGCUGCGGAGGGAGAUUGCGGAGCUGGAGGCGAAUCAGGCCGGCCCCGAGAGGGAUGUAGCGCUGGAUGAGAAGAAAAGGAAGCUUGCGAAUGCGCUGUGCGGUGUUGUGGAGGUGUACAUGACGGAUCUCUCAUGGGAAGAAGACGCAGAACAGAAGUGCGAAGCACUCAUCACGGAAGCGUUGCUCGUACACCCGAACAACCCAGAAUCUCUCCAGACGCUCGCAUCGGUCAGGAUAUCACAAUUGAGGCACGAAGAGGCACGCAAUGCAUUGAAGAUGAGCAUGGAUUUGUGGAAGGACCUCAAGCCCGAGGACCCCAAGGUCCCCGACUUCCCCGUGCGGAUCAGUCUGUCUAGGCUGUUGAUGGAAGCGGAGCUGGAAGAUGAAGCACUGGAGGUGCUUGAACGGUUAAUCUUGGAGGACGAUCAAAGUGUGGAGGCGUGGUACUUGGGGGGAUGGUGCCUGCAUCUGAUGGCGGAAAAGAAGAAACAAUCAGAGGACGAGGAAACGGUCAAGGGCCUGCUCAAAUCCAGUAGACAGUGGCUUGGCAACAGCCUGAGGCUGUAUCAACUGCUGGAGUACGAGGAUGACCGGCUGAAAGACCAUGCGGAUGAGCUUGUGGAGGGGAUCAACAAGAUCCUGGGGCCGCCUGUGGAAGGCGAGGACGAGGUGGAGGAGUGGGAGGACGCGGAGGAGAGCGACUCGGACGAGGAGAUGCAGGGCGCGUGA